UCAGCGCUGAAGAAGAGACUGAUGGAGCUGCAUAAUCAGAGCGAGAGGGCUGCUCGAGCGAUGAACACGGUGAAAACAAACCAAAGCCAAGCUGCUGAGACAGCUUCCAGAAAGAAAGAUUUGAUCAGAAGUGAGUUUUCAGAAAUUAAGGUUUUAAUUGAAGAAACAGAAAAUCAGACCUUAAAAGUAAUUGCAGAUGAAGAAAAAAGAGUUUGCAAUAAGUUUGAUUAUAUUUACGGUGUUCUGGGAAGUAAGAAGAAUGAAAUUCAGUCUCUCAGAGAUCAGAUUGAGAUGGCACUGACUGAAGGUGAUGACAUUCUGUUUUUGAAGAGAGCAGCAGCACUGCAACGAAUGUCAACAAAAGAGGCUUUUAUCCCUGCAAUUGAAAUGGACCAAAACAUCAUACUUUCUGCUUAUCAGUCUGCCAUUAACCUUAAAGAGGCUGUGAAACUUGCAACGGCUCCGUGGAGGGAGAAAAGAGCAGAAGCAAAACUGCCACUCGGGAAACCUAAGCACCCUCCAGCAGCUCCUCCAAACAAAGCCUUUGCUGGGAAGAAGCCUCCAGGACCACAGCAUACCCAGAAAGAGAAAAUCCCUCACCAGACUCAAGCCACUUUGCAGUGGGAAGCAGAUACCAAGGAGAGAAAGAAACCUGUUAAAGUUGCACCAACACCAAAUCCUGCAGCUGCUGUUUCAAGUAAAGAGCUUAUUGACAGCUUUCUGAAGAAAUCCAGAGAGGAGCUUUUGCAGUAUGCUGCUAACAUCACGCUGGAUUACAACACAGCUCAUAACAAAGUGGUUCUGUCUGAGGGGUAUACCAGGAUGUCAGUCUCAGACAUCCCCAUGAAUUACAACAACCACCCUCAGCGCUUCACUGAUUGUUCCCAAGUGCUGGGGUUCCAGUGCUUCAAGAGAGGCAUCCACUACUGGGAAGUGGAACUGCAACAGAACAACUUCUGUGGCAUUGGCAUCUGUUACGGCAGCAUGAACCGGCAUGGGCCAGAGAGCCGCCUGGGGAGGAACAGCAGUUCUUGGUGUAUUGAGUGGUUUAAUUGCAAAAUAUCAUCCUGGCAUAAUGAUGUUGAAAAGUGCUUACCCAAUGUGAAGGCUACCAAGAUUGGUGUGCUGCUCCACUGUGAGGGAGGCUUUGUGAUUUUCAUGGCUGUUGGGGAGAAGCAUAACUUGAUCUAUAAAUUCAAAACCCAGUUUACUGAAGCCUUGUACCCUGCCUUCUGGUUAUUUUCCAGUGGCACUGUUCUCUCUCUCUGCCAAAUGAAACAGUUUCUUUCUUCCAGAAAGAAACAGGAAGAAUUCCUAGACAAAUUCAGGUCCCAGCCUUUGAGGUACCUGUUCCCUGGAUACAUGAAUCACUGUGCCUUUGUAAGGCUGCCUGGCCCUAUUUAUCCAUCUCGAAAGGAGGAUAUCCACAGAAUUUUUGAGAAACAAUUGAAUGAAGAGUUUUUUCAGUGCCAUGAAAGAUGCUUUCUCUUCUAUAUGGUUCUUGAACAUAGAAUGACAAACUCCUGGGAUGAGGAACUUCCUGUAAUAGAUCUCUGGAACCAUACUGAUUACAUCUCCUUCAGGACGUCUAGGACUCUUUUGAAAGGUUUUAUCAUCUACAGAGAGAACAAGCGACAGAACGGAUCUUACAUGGAAGACUGCUCCUUUAUGGAAGAUGCUGACUCUAACCAUUAA